AUGGGAGCAAGAGCGACUUUUUCUCACCUGCUCAAUGACUUGGCAGCUCAGGGGAACGGAAGCACCACUGAAGAUGUAGCCAUGUCUCAGCACACUUUCAGACCCAUACUCGCCAUCCACUCAUGGGAUCCAAAGGGAGGAUAUGGCCAAAAAAAUGGUCGUAGUAGAAAAUGGAGGGAGAUACUGAAGCUGCCACCUGUCAGCCAGUGCAGGGAGCUCAGGCUUUCCAUUGAAAAGGAUUAUAACAGUCUUUGUGACAAGCAGCCAAUAGGAAGAGCUCUCUUCAGGCAAUUCUGUGAUACAAAGCCUACUCUAAAGAGAUGCAUUGAAUUCUUGGACGCAGUGGCAGAAUAUGAAGUUGCUGAGGAUGAGGACCAAAGUGAUUGUGUACUGUCACUCUUAGAAAAAUUCUUCAGUAAUGAGUCGGCAGACCCCUUACCAGACAUAAUUCCAGAUUUUAUGAAAGAAUGUAGAUCGAGACUGAAGCAGAACCCUUGCAAAAAAGUCUUUGAGGAAUGCACUAGAGUUGUCCAUAACUAUUUAAGAGAGAAACCAUUUGAAGAAUACCAAGAAAGCUCAUAUUAUUCUCAGUUUUUACAAUGGAAACUGCUGGAAAGGCAACCAGUAACAAAGAACAUGUUUAGACAUUACAGAGUUCUAGGAAGAGGAGGAUUUGGAGAGGUUUGUGCCUGUCAAGUACAAGCCACAGGAAAGAUGUAUGCCUGUAAAAAGCUAGAAAAAAAAAGAAUAAAGAAGAGGAAAGGUGAAGCUAUGGCUUUAAAUGAAAAAAGAAUCCUAGAAAAAGUACAGAGUAGAUUUGUAUCAAUUGCAGGUCCUGACCUGUCCUUGUGUCACAUUCAUCCGCACUGCCUCCCUGACCCUCACGGCGGCACCUCCCCAUGGAGCUCCUGUCUCUGCCUGUGCUCUCACCCUCAGUCUGUUCUCCAUGGAGCAGUCCGGGCCAUCUGCGGAAGAGUUCAAGUUAGUUUAGCCUACACUUACGAAACCAAAGAUGCCUUGUGCUUGGUACUCACCAUUAUGAAUGGAGGGGAUUUGAAGUUUCACAUGUACAACCUGGGCAAUCCUGGCUUUGAUGAGCAGAGAGCUAUUUUUUAUGCUGCAGAGGUGUGUUGUGGCUUGGAAGAUUUACAGAGGGAGAGAAUUGUAUACAGAGACUUAAAGCCUGAGAAUAUUCUCCUCGAUGAUCGUGGACAUAUCCGGAUUUCAGACCUUGGUUUAGCUGUGGAGAUCCCAGAAGGCCAGACGGUUCGAGGAAGAGUUGGAACAGUUGGCUACAUGGCUCCUGAAGUUAUCAAUAAUGAAAACUAUACAUUUAGUCCUGAUUGGUGGGGACUUGGCUGUCUUAUAUAUGAAAUGAUUCAGGGACAUUCUCCAUUCAGAAAAUUCAAAGAGAAAGUCAGACGGGAGGAGGUAGAGCGAAGAGUCAAGGAGGAUACUGAGGAAUAUUCCAAGAAGUUUUCAGAGGACACCAAAUCUAUCUGCACAAUGUUACUCACCAAGAACCCAAGUGAACGGCUGGGCUGCAAGGGCGAUGGAGCAGCCGGAGUGAAGCAGCACCCUGUUUUUAAGAACAUCAACUUCAGGAGGCUGGAAGCAAAUAUGCUGGACCCUCCUUUCUGUCCUGAUCCUCAUACAGUUUACUGCAAGGAUGUCUUGGAUAUUGAGCAGUUUUCCGUGGUGAAAGGAGUCUACCUGGACACCACAGAUGACAACUUCUACGCUCAAUUUGUUACGGGGUGUGUCCCCAUCCCCUGGCAGAACGAGAUGAUCGAAUCUGGAUGUUUCAAGGACAUCAAUGAAAGUGAAAAUGAGGAAAAUUUGCUGUUAGAUCUAGAAGAGAAAAUACGUCCCUCGGUUCCCAAACCAAAGAGAGGCUUCUUCUAUAGACUCUUCAGAAUUGGGGGCUGCCUGACCUCUGGCUCCAGCGAGAAGGAAAGGGAGCUUCACCGUGCGACUGCAGACCUCGGCACCAGGAAGGAACCUGCCUGCAGUGUCUCAUCCUAGGAAUUGUA